GGGAAACGGAAAGAUAUGGAUAAAGCUAACUCCAGAAGUGGCGAAGAUGCUGAGGGAGAAGCAAUGGAAGCAAUCAGUCUCCACCGAUUUCUCGCUUCUAAACCACCGCUUUUAACCAUCAAUCCACAUAAAUUAUCCCCUAUUUCUCACAAUCAAAUCUUCUUUCCAUCUCUACGCCAUCACCGGCUUCCCAGGAUCAAACCGAUCAACGCCACCGACACCGACGGCGACACCGCACCACCGCCGGUUCAGCCGGCAAUAACGCCUCCGGAGACAGUUGAAGUUCGGUUUCGGAAGAGGUCGAGAAGGCGACCCAAACAGGAGAGGGAGGAUGGAGGAGGAGGAGCGAUGGGGAAUGGGCGGCCGAGGAAGGCGCCGGUGGAGAUUGGUUCGAAUAAGCCGAAGAAAUGGGAGGAAAUGAGCGUGGGGGAGAAGGCAAUGGAGGUGUAUAUGGGAGAGAAGGGUUUGUUAUUUUGGCUGAACAAAUUUGCUUAUGCUUCCAUUUUUAUUAUGAUUGGUGGUUGGGUUUUGUUUCGGUUUGUUGGGCCUUCGCUCAAUCUUUACCAGUUGGAUACUCCACCAUUAUCUCCGACUGCAGUAUUCAAGGGCUAAUGAUCAUCGCAAAUACUUUUCUUUGGUUUCUAUCUUUAAUCCUUUUUCAUACAUCAUCUAUGCGGCUGCUUAAGUAUUUUUCUACCGAAUUUGGUGAUUAUAAUCUAUGAACUGGAUUUCACUAGAUGCAAAUCGAAAUCGAAAAAUAUUAGCCAUCGAAGUUUUGUUUUAGCUUUUCUGGAUUUUCUCUGUACAAUCUCGGCCGGCCGACUAUUACUCUAUUUCAAUAUCCCCGAACAAUUUUACA